AUGGAUAAUGGAGUCGCGGCCACGAUUACACCCUCGCCCACGUCGGUAGCAGUAUCAGCGGCACCAACUCUCAACGCAGAACCAGCUGCCCUCUUCUGGCUCGCUUGGGGAGGGCUAUGGACAGCCUUGGUGCUCAGCGGAAUGGCAUUUCUCUUUGUCAACCGCAAAAUGCCGUUUUUGAGGAUCCGCGGCCUGGCUUUGUCGUUUGGGGCAGUUACCAUGCUCCACCUCUAUUGGAUUUCAGUACAGAUCGGCCUCGCUAUUGGUUCCUAUGUGCCUGAUGGCGCCGAGUUCUGGGUAAUGGGCCUCUAUCUUCCUUUCGGCAUCGCUCUCUUUCACGCCUCGAAUAGCCGGUUCCUCCACGUCGCCAAGGCGCAGAGGAGAUAUGCCGGCACAUCGGGAGUUCUGUCCCAGCCUGAACAGAAGCCGUGCGACGGCAAGGACAAGACGCUCGUGGGACGGUUCCAAAAGCUAGACUACACCACCAAGAUGCUCGCCGUCGUGUGCACGGGCAUGCUGCUCCAGCUGCUGCUCACUGUCGUGAUGUGGCUCGUCUCCCGCAAGUACCACCCUUGGUUUGGCAUCCCCGGUACCGAGGCCAAGGGCACCGAGGCAGAGCAGAAGGUCGAGAAGGGGAGAGGUUGGGAAUGGUGGCCUUCGGUCUUUUGGCAGUUCCUAUGGGCCUGGAUCGUCGCGCCCUUCAUCCUAUGGAGAUCACGUGGCAUCAAUGAUACCCAGGGGUGGCGACUCCAGACCAUUGGAUGCUGUAUCGCGAGCCUGCACGCUACCCCUAUGUGGCUUAUCGCCUUGUAUGUUCCAGCCAUGGCACCUGUCAAUCGAUACUUCAUCCCCCCUCAGUGGAUCUGCCUGUCAAUAACCUUCAUUGAAAUCUUUGCCAUAUUCGUUCCUUGUUGGCAAGUCAUCAAACACAAGUCCCUUCGCCAAGAGACUCUUGAGUCCAUCGCCAUCUGGGAAGCCAAGAACCAGCAACGCGACAGGAGAAACUCUACUAUAACAGGUUCUACCAAGGUCGGCUCACAUCUGUCGACUGGCUCUACCUGGAAGUCCCUUGCACAACUUGAAAAGGACACAAGUCAGUCCGAAAGCGUCUACACAAUGGGUGCCCUCGAGUACGUCCUUGACAAGAACCCCGAGCCCCUCCGGAAGUUCUCCGCUCUCAGGGAUUUCUCGGGGGAGAACAUCGCCUUCCUCGCCGCCGUUGGGGAAUGGAAGUCGUCCAUCCCCACCACUCCCGGUUCGAACAAGCAACGCUCCAUGGAGCUCACUCGUGAACGCUUCAACCGCGCGCUGCGCAUCUACACCGAGUUCAUCAGCCCUCGCCACGCCGAGUUCCAGAUCAACAUCGCUUCACAAGACCUCAAGAACCUCGAAGACAUCUUCGAGGACGCCGCCCGCAUUCUUUACGGCCACCAAACAGAACGCUUCAGCGACCCAGUCGUGCCUUUUGAAGAUCCCAACUGGGCCAGGCCUACUUCAUCUUCCAUUGCCUCCGAGACAUACAGUAUGUCAGACGUCGCCUCUCAGACACCAAUCGCAGAUCGCGCGCAGUACUUUGGUGCGAUUCCCGAGAAGUUCACGGCCGGUGUGUUUGACGACGCCGAGACGAGCAUCAAGUAUCUCGUGUUGACCAACACUUGGCCAAAGUUCGUCAAGGAGAGGAGGUACUCGUCGGACUCGGAAGAUUCGCGGGAGUCGAGAGACACUGUGGAGACAUUCAACUCACAGUCAACACUUCACAGGGUGGUGAGGUACUUCAGGGCCAUGAGAGUGUAG